AUGAUCUCAGGGCGAGGGGGUGCAGGAACGCGAGGUGGACGCAUCCGACCGCCUCGCCGCAUAAUUCGACCCAAUGGAGCCGGAGAAAGCGAUUUCGAUGUCUGCUGGGAUCUACUUCGAGAAGCUCUUCGAGACAUCCACAACAAGAACUGCAGCCGGCUGUCAUUCGAGGAGCUUUACCGAGCGGCAUACAAGAUUGUCCUCAAAAAGAGAGGGGAUGACCUAUAUGAUAGAGUCACAAAGUUCGAGGAGGACUGGUUCUCCGAAAACAUAAUUCCCAAAAUCCAAGAGCUGGUCACGACGAGCCUGGUCAACAUUAGCUCCGAUAACACGGUAGCCUCGGUAAAUGAGAGGCGGCAAACGGGCGAGAAAUUCCUCAAGGGCUUAAGAGAUACAUGGGAGGAUCACAACAUGUCGAUGAAUAUGACUGCCGACAUUCUUAUGUAUUUGGACCGGGGUUUUGCGCAUAAUGAUCCGAGCCGGGCCUCCAUUUUUUCGAUGACGAUCGCCCUCUUCCGAGAUAAUAUCUUGCAUUCAUGCCUAGAUUCAACAUCCGGUAAGAGCGUCAUGGAGAUCCUCAUCUCUGUGAUGCUGGACCAGAUCAACAUGGAACGAGAGGGCGAUGUGAUAGAUAGAGCGCUCAUUCGAAGUUGCACUAGAAUGCUUAGCUGUCUCUACAAGGAUCACCAUGAAAACGAAGCCGAGAAGCUAUAUUUGACACACUUCGAGGUUGAGUUUCUGGCCAACAGCAGGGCCUUUUAUGCCAGGGAAUGUGAACAGUUGUUACGAGAAUCCGAUGCUGGCACAUGGCUGCGACAUACCCAGCGCCGGCUGACUGAAGAGGACGAUCGUUGUGAAACGACAAUCGAGUUGGAAACGUUGUCCAAGGUAUCAAAAGUUAUCGAAGAUGAGCUCAUCCGAAAGCAUUUGGGCGAGUUUCUGGCCAUGGAGGGUAGUGGCCUCAAGUGGAUGGUCGACAACGACAAAGUUGAUGAUAUGUCUAUUUUGUAUCGCUUGGUAUCACGAAUUGACGAUAAAAUGAUGGCACUUAGAGAUGUGCUGCAGAAACGCGUCGUGGAACUGGGGCUUGAGAUCGAAGCUACUGUCAAAAGUACAGACUUCUCAACAGCUGCCCCUGAUAGGGAGGAUGCGGCUGAGGGCGAGAAGACCAAGACCUUGAACCCCGCGGCCCAGCACACCGCGGCAGCGAUCAAAUGGGUAGACGAUGUCCUAAGGCUUAAAGACAAAUUCGACAAUCUCUGGACGGCCUGCUUCCAGGAAGAUUUGACCAUCCACACAGCUCUCACAAAGAGUUUCUCUGAUUUUAUCAACAUGUUCUCUCGCUCCUCCGAGUACGUGUCGCUCUUUAUCGACGAUAACUUGAAAAGGGGAAUCAGGGGCAAGACCGAAGCAGAAGUCGAUGCCGUUUUGGAAAAGGCCAUUAUCCUCAUUCGCUACCUUCAAGACCGGGAUAUGUUCCAGACAUAUUAUCAGCGCCACCUUGCACGAAGAUUGCUCCACGCAAAGUCGGAAAGCCACGAUGUCGAAAAGCAGAUCAUCUCGAGGAUGAAACAGGAGAUGGGACAACAAUUUACCACCAAGUUCGAGGGCAUGUUCCGAGACCUCGCCACGUCAUCGGAACUGACCAGUGGCUACCGUGAUCGAAUGUCUCUCGCCGGCAAGACAAUCGAUCUUAACAUGAGCGUGUUAACGACCAACUGUUGGCCGCCAGAGGUCAUGGGCCGUCAGGUACAGAUUGGGGAGGAUUCAAGAAUUACGUGCACCUACCCCAAGGAAAUUGAGCGACUCCAGGCCAGCUUUGAACAGUUCUAUCUAUCGAACCGAAAUGGUAGAAAACUCACAUGGAUCGGAACUACGGGUUCGGCGGAUAUUAAAUGUACAUUCCCUGCCAUUCCUGGCAAACAGGGUGCUCUUUCCCGAGAGCGCCGCUACGAGAUCAAUGUACCAACUUUUGGCAUGGUCAUCAUGCUCUUAUUCAAUGACAUCCCCGACGAUGAAUGGCUCACCUUUGAAGAAAUACAAGCUAAGACCAGUAUCUCUACUCAGGACCUAAUGAGGACAUUGACUGCCAUUGCUGUGGCCCCCAAGUCCAGAGUUUUGCUCAAGGAUCCUCCGACAAAGUCAAUCAAGCCAAGUGAUAAAUUUUCUUUCAACGCCGCAUUCCAGAGUAAGACGGUUCGAAUCAAGGCUCCAAUCAUCAACGCCGUUUCCAAGGUCGAGGAUUCUCAGGAAAGAAAAGCAACCGAGGAGAAGAAUGCCCAGGAUAGGGCUCACGUCAUCGAUGCCGCUAUAGUCCGAAUUAUGAAGUCUCGAAAGGAGCUUGCUCACACCCAGCUUGUGACUGAAGUCAUCUCUCAGCUAGUUGGGCGUUUCAAGCCGGAGGUUUCAGUCAUCAAGAAGCGGAUCGAGGAUCUGAUCGUUCGGGAUUACCUUGAGCGGCCGGAAGAGGAAGAAUCGCCAAACACCUACCGAUACGUUGCUUAA